AUGUUUACCUGUUACUGUUGUGGGUGCAUCGUUGGUGCCCAGCUAUAUACCACUCCACCUUACAAGCAAGGUCUCAGGGCCAACAUCGUCGCUUUGGCUGUCAGCUUGGCUGCUGUCAUUUCUAACGUCGCGUAUAUUCACUUCCAGAACCGGAAGAGAAAGGCGUUCCUAGAGGAGAAAAGGCAUCUGCUCAACGAAGAUGAUUAUCAUUUCCGUGAUCUUACGGAUAAGCAAAACCCCUUCGUCUUCAACGUGCUCUAG